CAUUUAUGUAUUUUCCAUUUAUGAGUUUUUUCUAACUCAAAUUAAAAAAAACUUCACUAUGAAAAAUUUUAAACUAUAUGGAAGAGUGAAUGUAAUGAACUUUAUGUACCCAUUAUCAAGUUUCAAUAAUUAUCAACAUUUUUAAUAUUAGUUUCAUCUGUUCCCUACUUCUUAUUUUUUUUGUUUAUUAGAGUAUUUUAAAGAGAAUUACUAUGCACUGUAUAUUUACUGCAGUUGUGCCUAGUGUGAGAGAAUAGUAACUAAUAAUUAUAUGUGAUUUAAAACCCAUUUUUUUCCUAUAUAUCCAUAAACUGAGUGAUACUUUCCUCAUUCCAAAUAAUGACUUACCUGUAUAGUACUUACCUGUAUAGUAAAACUUGUGUUCCUUAAAAGUUCCUUAAACUUUCCUUUAGAAAGUUUAGGAGAAAAAUUCAGAAGCAACUUGAUGUAAAAUAGAUUUUAUUUAGUAUUAAAUAUUAUGUUGAUUUUCAGCUUGGUUUCUGUUGCACAGGGACUUAGCUGUUACUUCACUGGGUACUUAACAAUCGUAUUUUUCAUUGACUAGUAUCCCAGUUUGUUAAAAAAACAAAAAUAUUCUUUAGGGAUGGAUCGUUGAAAUUGUUUUAAUCUCUGUUUUACCUAUUUAUAUACUUACAACCUUUUCACAUAUUACCCUUGUACCUUAAUUUUUAACAUUUAAAUCAUCUGGCUAUUGGCCAGUAUUGAACGUCAGUAGUCUUAGUGGUGUUUUUACAUAUUUAGCUUAGGGUUCUCUCAAAAUACUAAAUACUUAUUUCUUUAUCCCAGUGCUUACCCCAGAGCGAAGAGAGAGGGCAUGUUGGCAUGUAUAUGGACUCUUGCAGCGUUCUGAUAAGAAGUAUGAUGAAGCUAUUAAGUGUUACCGAAAUGCCCUCAAAUUAGAUAAAGAUAAUCUGCAAAUUUUGAGGGAUCUCUCUCUGUUACAGAUCCAAAUGAGAGACCUUGAAGGUUAUCGAGAGACGAGAUAUCAGCUUCUUCAGUUGCGCCCAACACAACGUGCAUCCUGGAUUGGAUAUGCUAUUGCAUACCACUUACUGAAAGAUUAUGAUAUGGCACUAAAACUAUUGGAAGAAUUUAGACAAACUCAGCAAGUUUCUCCCAACAAAAUAGACUAUGAAUAUAGUGAACUGAUACUGUACCAGAAUCAAGUGAUGAGGGAGGCAGAUCUAUUUCAGGAAUCUUUGGAACAUAUAGAAACUUAUGAGAAACAGAUAUGUGAUAAACUUUUGGUGGAAGAAAUUAAAGGGGAAAUGCUGUUGAAAUUGGGACGAUUAAAAGAAGCGAGCGAAGUAUUCAAAAACUUGAUUGAUCGGAAUGCAGAAAAUUGGUGUUACUAUGAAGGCUUGGAAAAAGCUCUACAACUUAGCACUUUAGAAGAGAGGCUUCAAAUUUAUGAAGAAAUUAGUAAGCAGCACCCCAGAGCAAUUUCACCUAGAAGAUUACCUUUGAAUCUUGUCCCAGGUGAAAAAUUUAGAGAACUAAUGGAUAAGUUCCUGAGGGUUAACUUCAGUAAAGGCUGCCCACCCUUGUUUACUACUUUGAAAUCUUUAUAUUACAAUACAGAAAAGAUUUCUAUAAUCCAGGAGCUUGUUACUAAUUAUGAAGCCUCUCUGAAAACGUGUGACUUUUUUAGCCCUUAUGAGAAUGGGGAGACAGAACCCCCAACGACACUACUCUGGGUUCAGUAUUUCCUGGCACAGCACUUUGAUAAACUUGGGCAGUAUUCUUUGGCUUUGGAUUAUAUUAAUGCUGCAAUUGCUAGUACUCCAACUCUAAUAGAAUUAUUCUAUAUGAAAGCAAAAAUUUACAAGCAUAUAGGUAAUCUCAGAGAAGCUGCCAAGUGGAUGGAUGAAGCUCAGUCUUUAGACACAGCCGAUAGAUUCAUCAACUCCAAAUGUGCAAAGUAUAUGCUUCGAGCAAAUAUGAUAAAAGAAGCAGAGGAAAUGUGCUCCAAGUUCACAAGGGAAGGAACAUCUGCCAUGGAAAAUCUAAACGAAAUGCAAUGUAUGUGGUUUCAAACAGAAUGCAUUUCAGCUUAUCAGCGUUUGGGAAGAUAUGGGGAUGCUUUGAAAAAAUGCCACGAAGUAGAAAGGCAUUUUUUUGAGAUAACCGACGAUCAAUUUGACUUCCAUACUUAUUGCAUGAGAAAGAUGACCCUUCGUGCCUACGUUGACCUUUUGAGAUUAGAAGAUAUACUCAGGAGACAUGCCUUCUAUUUCAAGGCCGCUAGAUCAGCUAUUGAAAUAUAUUUGAAAUUGUAUGAUAAUCCCUUGACCAAUGAAAGCAAACAACAAGAAAUAAAUUCAGAAAACCUGUCAGCCAAAGAAUUGAAGAAAAUGCUUAGCAAGCAGAGAAGAGCUCAAAAAAAGGCUAAAUUAGAAGAAGAGAAAAAGCAUGUGGAAAGGGAACGUCAACAAAAAAAUCAAAAGAAAAAACGGGAUGAAGAAGAAGAAGAAACCAGUGGUCUCAGAGAAGAACUUAUACCUGAAAAAUUAGAAAGGAUAGAAAAUCCAUUAGAAGAAGCUAUCAAGUUUCUUAUACCUCUUAAGAACCUUGUUGCUGAUAACAUUGACACUCAUCUAUUAGCAUUUGAAAUAUAUUUUAGAAAAGGAAAGUUUCUGUUAAUGCUGCAGUCUGUCAAACGAGCUUUUGCCAUCAACAGGAAUAACCCAUGGUUACAUGAAUGUUUAAUUAAAUUUUCUAAAUCUGUGUCUAAUCAUAGUAAUCUUCCAGACGUUGUGAGCAAAGUUCUGUCUCAAGAAAUGCAGAAAAUAUUUGUUAACAAGGAUUUGGAAAGUUUUAAUGAGGAUUUUCUCAAACAUAAUGCUACCUCUCUUCAGCAUCUACUUUCAGGUGCUAAAAUGAUGUAUUUUCUGGACAAGUCAAGGCAAGAGAAAGCAAUUGCUAUUGCCACUAGACUGGAUGAAACCAUAAAAGAUAAAAAUGUAAAGACUUUAAUAAAGGUUUCUGAGGCACUGCUUGAUGGCAGCUUUGGGAACUGUAAUUCUCAGUAUGAAGAAUACAGGAUGGCCUGUCAUAACCUGCUUCCUUUUACUUCUGCUUUCCUGCCUGCUGGGAGCGAAGUCGGCGGUCAUAGCGCAGCUCUAAACCACACAGCUAACUGUGAUGUCUUGGCAAGUGAAAUUUGAAAUCCCGUAGAAAGUUGACUUCUGUAAAACUCAAAGUUGAAUUCAGAUCAGGGUUUCUUUUCCAGCUUGUAUGUUAACAUAGAUAUGAAAUGAAGUACAGUUGACCCUUGAACAACAUGCGUUUGAAUUUCGAGGGUCCACUUAUAUGUGGAUUUUUUCAAUAGGAGAUACUACAGUACUAUGCGAUCUUCAGUUGGUUGAAUCCAGGGAUGCAGAACCUCAGAUAGGGAAGGACUGCUUAUACAGAGGGCCACCUGUAUGUUAAGUGUGGAUUUUUGACUGCUUGGAGGGAGGGUCAGUGCACCUAACUCUUGCUUUUGUUCAAAGAUCAACUGUAUUGGAUAGAAUUUUUAAAUGGAGUAUGCUGUAAGCUUAUUUUAUUCUUUAUCCAUCUAUGCCAAUUUACAUUAAAAGCUCUUAAAAUUGCCUGUUAUAUACUUGUACAGCUUUCUUAAACUUUGGAAUUAUCAGCAUUGUGAUUGGUGCUGUCACUUCGUAUCAUAACUAUAAUUUCUUAAUUAACCUAAGUUGCAUACAGCUCUGCUGUAUUAUUUUUUUUAGAUCUGGGUUUCGUUUCAGAAUCUUAUGUUUUGAUCCCUUAUUGGUUUGUUUUGUUAUUGUUUGUUUGCUUUUUAUUAAAGCAUAUCAAUAUUAAAGUGUUAACUAUAUGUCAGAAGUGAUAUGGAACUCCUUUUGACAGAUAUUUAUUUAAAAUUUACUUCAGUUUGAGCUUUUGUCCACCUUACUUUUUGUGUGAUUUACCGUUUUCCUUUUUAAUAGCCGUGAAAAUGCUAUUUUCUGUUGAACAGGGGUACUCCAGUUUUAUAUUGAUGAUUCAGAAUAUGGGGAUCUGUUUGCCUCUUAAUCAUGGAAGUUCACUGGUAAAUUGGUUGCGUAUCUAGAUCAGUCUCAAAGACCCCCAGGCAAGAGUUAUGCUUUCUUGGCUAAAUUGCUUUGCGUUACCAAGUAGUUUGUACAUGAGGGCUUCAAGGGAGCAUAAUAGGGUAAAAUACAAAUUACAAUGAGAUAUUCUUACUCUUAUAGCCAUGCAUUGACUAUUAAAUACAUUUUUAUAUCAGCAAAAUGAGAAUUUAAACUAUCAGCUAGUUUAACUAUUAAAAUAUAGUAUUGUUGAGCAAUAUUUUUGGGGGGGGUAGUAGCUUUUGUUCUAUCUUGUACAGAAAACAGUAAUAGAAUCAUUGAAUAUGUUUCUUUCAGAACUGUAUAAAUGUCUGUAACAUUAAUACUUCCUUUUAAAGGCAAAUAUAAAUUCAAAAGGGGAGAUUUUAUUUAGAGAAACAAUUAAUUAAAAUGGUUUUCCUUCACUCUGAGCUAAUAUUUAGAUUCAUAAUUGUUGAGAGAAAAAAACUUACUGUAAAAUAAUGCCAACCUAUGUAAUGCUAUAAUAAAUUAUU